CUAAAAGAAAGCUUGCGCAUAACGCUUGACUUAAGAAAUCGGCUCAAAAGAAAAAAAAUUUCGAUUACUUAUAACUGUUCAUUAACCGAAGAAACAUCAAAGAGGACUGAAAUUUUAACAUUAUAUACGAAUUUAAUAGUAUAUAAAAUGGAACAAGAUAGAGGUGGUGAUCAAAAACAUGAACAAACGUCACCUAAUAUACAACCUGAAAGAGUACAUCGUUUAGAUAGACCAGAUCAAAGUCAACCUUCACAGUAUGAAACAUCCCAGCCUGGACCAUCGCAAGUACAACAAUCAUAUUACUCUACACAGUCAUGCCCGACUACGCAACCAUACUCGCUUGCAGCAUCAUACUUGCCUGCACCACCACAAACGUCUUUAUCAUACCAGUUGGAACCAUCGCAAACUGGGACAAAUCAGCCUGAACAAACGCAAACUGGGACAUAUCAGCCUGAAUUACCACAAACUGGGACAUAUCAGCCUGGAUUACCGCAAACUGUGACAUAUCAGCCUGAAUUACGGCAAACUGGGCCAUAUCAGUCUGGAUUACCGCAAAUUGGAACAUAUCACCCUGGAUUUCUGCAAACUGGGCCAUAUCAGUCUGGAUUACCGCAAAUUGGGACAUAUCAGCCUGGAUUACCGCAAACUGGGCCAUAUCAGUCUGGAUUACCGCCAACUGGGACAAAUCAGCCUGGACAAUCGCAAACUGGGACAUAUCAGCUUGGAUUACCGCAAACUGGGACACAUCAGCCUGGAUUUCUGCAAACUGGGCCAUAUCAGUCUGGAUUACCGCAAAUUGGGACAUACCACCCUGGAUUUCUGCAAACUGGGCCAUAUCAGUCUGGAUUACCGCAAAUUGGAACAUACCACCCUGGAUUUCUGCAAACUGGGCCAUAUCAGUCUGGAUUACCGCAAAUUGGGACAUAUCAGCCUGGAUUACCGCAAACUGGGCCAUAUCAGUCUGGAUUACCGCCAACUGGGACAAAUCAGCCUGGACAAUCGCAAACUGGGACACAUCAGCCUGGAUUUCUGCAAACUGGGCCAUAUCAGUCUGGAUUACCGCAAAUUGGGACAUACCACCCUGGAUUUCUGCAAACUGGGACAAAUCAGCCUGAACAAACGCAAACUGGGACAUAUCAGCCUGGAUUACCGCAAACUAGGACAUAUCAGCCUGGAUUACCGCAAACUGGGACAAAUCAGCCUGGACAAUCGCAAACUGGGACAAAUCAGCCUGGACAAUCGCAAACUGGGACAAAUCAACCUGGACAAUCGCAAACUGGGACAAAUCAGCCUGGACAAUCGCAAACUGGGACAUGUCAGUCUGGAUUACCGCAAAUUGUAACAUAUCAGCCUGGAUUACACCAGCAUGGAUUAUCACAAUCUGAACCAAUACAAUUUCCUGUACCAAACCAGCCUCCUGGAAAAUACCAGUCUCCUGAAAAAUCCCAGUCUCCUAGAAAACACCAGUCUCCUAGAAAACACCAGUCUCCUAGAAAACACGAGUCUCCUGGAAAAUCCCAGUCUCCUAGAAAAUAUCAGUCUUCUGGAGAAUACCAGUCUCCUAGAAAACACCAGUCUCCUAGAAAACAUCAGUCUCCUAGAAAACAUCAGUCUCCUGAAAAAUCCCAGUCUCCUAGAAAACACCAGUCUCCUGGAACAUCCCAGUCUCCUAGAAAAUACCAGUCUUCUGGAGAAUACCAGUCUCCUAGAAAACACCAGUCUCCUAGAAAACACCAGUCUCCUAGAAAACACCAGUCUCCUGAAAAAUCCCAGUCUCCUAGAAAACACCAGUCUCCUGGAACAUCCCAGUCUCCUAGAAAACACCAGUCUCCUGGAACAUCCCAGUCUCCUAGAAAAUACCAGUCUUCUGGAGAAUACCAGUCUCCUAGAAAACACCAGUCUCCUAGAAAACACCAGUCUCCUAGAAAAUCCCGGUCUCCUAGAAAAUCCCGGUCUCCUAGAAAAUCCCGGUCUCCUAGAAAAUCCCGGUCUCCUAGAAAAUACAAGCAUGUUAAACAAUGCCACUCUGAUGAAUCAUACGUGCCUAGUGAUCAUUUUGGAUCAUCAUCGUCGCUGAGUGAAAUGUCACAGUCAGGAAUAUUAUCGUCGUCUGGAUCUUCGCGAUCAAUGUCACAACGGUCUCAGCGUAGUAGAUAUAUGCCAGAAAACAAAAGAUUAAGUCAGAAAAGACUAUUUGAAGAUGACUGUGAUGCAGGAACUAGUUACGAUAUUCAAACGGGAAGUCCUAAAGAUUAUUCUCCUUCUGUGAGGCAAAUUAAAAGACUUAAACAAAGUCUUCCAGAACCUGGUUCAACUAUUAAACUUCAGACAAAUUAUUUCAAGUUUCUAUAUUCUAAAGAUUGGGCUUUUACACAAUAUAAUGUUAAUUUUACUCCAGUUCAAUAUGUUAAGAAAAACCGUAAAUAUUUGCUUCAAAAUACUGCACCACCACUAAAAGGAUGUAUUUAUGACGGUAAUUCAUUAUUUUCAUCAGAAUGUUAUCCUAGAAUGUAUACAGUCAGUUCAAAAUAUGUUGAUAAAGACAAUGUUGAAAAGGAUGUUAUAGUAGUUAUAGAUUAUCGUAAAGCCAUAGAAAUAAAGGAUAGUUAUCCAAACCAAAUAGUGUAUUGUUUCAAUUUAAUAUUAAAGGAAUGCUUAAAUGACCUAGAUCUACGAUCAAUUCGUCAUAAUUUAUAUGAUAAAAACAAUAAAGUGAAACUUGAGAAAUAUAAUCUAGAAGUAUGGCCAGGUUACUUCACAUUUAUUAAGAAACAUGAAAUGGAUACUUAUGUGUGCAUAGAUCCAACGUACAAAGUUUUUUCUACUAUGUCACUUUUAGAUACUUGGUAUAAAUGUCAAGAAAGUGCGGACAAAAAGAAAACAUUUUAUGAUAAAGUCAAAGGAUGUAUUGUAUUUACUCAUUACAAUUACAAUACAUAUAAGAUCAUAGAUGUUGACUUUAGCUUAUCACCACUGAGUAUAUUUAAACUAAAUCGAUUAGACACAGAAGUUACAUUUGCAGGUUACUAUAAGGACAAAUAUAAUAUAACUAUAUAUGACCUAAGACAGCCUUUGCUCAUUGUAAACAUGCAACAAAAAUCACGUAAUCUAGCAACUCAAAAUAGCUUAAUUUAUUUAAUUCCUGAAUUGUCUUAUAAAAUGAAUCUGACAAAUGAUAUAAUGCAAGAUAGUAAUGUAUUAAAAACGAUGUCCAACUUUUCACAAAUGUGGCCUUACCAACGAAUUGAUAAGUUAUUAGAUUUAAAUAAAAAAAUUCACUCUAAACCGAAGACUGUUCAACAAUUAGAUUCAUAUAAAGUAAAAUUCCAAAAAGAUUUGGUUGAAGUUGAAGGACGUAUAUUACCUUAUGCAAAGUUUUUUUUCUCUGGAGAAGUUGGAAUAGAAGAUAGAUGUGGAUAUUGGCCAUCACUAUUUUAUAAAAAUAGCAUGUAUAAUUCUAAAACAUUAGACGAUUGGAUUGUGAUAUCUAUAGAGAAAUAUAAAAAUGACUGGAUGAUAUUCGAACAUGUUUUGCUUAACAAAGCAACCAAUAUUCAAUUUCACAUGAAAAAACCAAAAUUUGUUACGAUUGGGACUUAUGAUGAAAUAAUGGAUGCGGUAGAGUAUAACUGGAACGAAAAGAUACAAUUUGUUGUUUGCAUUACUGAUGACAAGAAUAAUGCAGAAAGCUAUCAUAAUCUAAAAGUGAAAUGUUGCAUUGACCGCCAAAUUCCAUCACAGAUGAUUUUUUCGCAAAACUUAACAUCGCCAAAGAAAGAAUCCAUAGCUCAUAAGUUAAUUGUUCAAAUGAAUUGUAAACUUGGUGGAGCUCCAUGGUAUGUCGAGUUGCCACCGGUAUUUUCGGAAUUAAUGGUGAUUGGUUUUGAUGUUUGUCAUGAUAAAAGAUCUAAAGACUUUGAUAUUGGUGCUACAGUAGGUACUUUAGACAAACGUUUAACCAAAUAUAUCAGUGCUAUAAGUAACCAUAAAAAGGGUGAGGAAUUAUCAAAUAACAUAGCUAAUCAUAUUUGUAACUUUAUAUCAGAAUAUAAAAAAUACAAUAAAGGUAAAUAUCCUAAACAUAUUGUGAUCUAUCGCGAUGGUAUUGGCGAUAGUCAAUUGAAGUUAGUCAAUAGUCAAGAGGUAGAUAACAUAAAAAUGAGAAUUGCUAAAGUAUAUGGAGAAGACAUUAAAAAGACAAUAAAAAUGGCAUUUAUAGUCGUUAACAAACGAGUGAAUACACGAUUUUUUUAUAAGAAAAAAAAUCCGCCAUGUGGCACAAUUGUGAAUGACGUCAUAGUUACUAAUCCAGUAUAUCCAAAUUUUUUUAUCGUAUCUCAACACAGUACACAGGGCACUGUUACGCCAACAUCGUAUAUUAUAAUUGAUGAUAAUCUUGGUUGCGAUAUAGAAAUGAUUCAACAACUGACGUACAAGCUCACCCAUAUGUACUACAAUUCGUUUAAUACUAUAAGGGUACCAGCUCCAUGUCAAUAUGCACAUAAGCUUGCAUAUUUCAUUGGUGUACAUUUACAGAGAGAACCACCCGAUACACUGAAUAAUGUUUUAUAUUAUUUGUAAUUUCGAAUCUCCAUUUCUAUUAUUUACAAAGGGAUAUAUACACAUUAUACGUAAAUAUAAUACAUAUACGAGAUGCAUCUAAAAAUUAAUGAGAUUGAUUCAGUAAAAAUAUUUAUUUAAUGAAAAGAUCCACAUUAUCAUCUUCAAAAUAGUUACCUCGAGAAGUACAGUCUAAGGUGUUACUCUCAUAUUUAGAAACAGUGCUGGAAUUCUUUUGCUGGAACUGCUUUCAAUCUGUCGAUUAUAACAUUUAUGUUCAUAGCUCUAAAAUGAUGUCCUUUGAGAGACAGAUUUUUUGAAAAAAAUGUCACAUUACCACAAAGUAGAAAAGUAUUAAAGACUCUGAAACUACAGGAAUAUCUUUGUUGGCUGAAAAACUCAUUCACAAAGAGUAUAGAGAAGAAAUGGUGCCCAUUGUCACUGUUCCAUUUCGAUAACGCAUCAAUAAAACAUACUUUUAUAAAAUUCGCUAUGAAACUGCUCGUUUUAAUUCAACCGAGUUGAAAUUAAUACUGAAGGCAGAAUAGAGAUAUAUGUACGUCUCAGAUAGCGCCACAGUGUUUGUACAAUGUUGCCGAUUUCUAAAUCCCGAGAUCAUUACUUAAACAUACCUCAUAUCCAUAUCAUACGUAUAAACGCGAACAUGAUAUGAUGAUAUUCCAAUAAUAUAUUAUUUUUCUGCUUUCAAAAAAGAGACGAUUAUUUUUUAGUUCAUAUAUACUAAAUAUAUCGGUUUAGUAUAUAUUUAUUUAGUGCACACAUGUAUGCAUAUAUAUUUUUUGUUUAUUAUAGACUUACACGUAGAUUGCUUUAUUCAAAUCACUAAAAUUAUUCUUUUAGUUUUGUUACCAUUUGGAUCAUUCUUUUUUUCUUGUAUUUUUUUUUUUAUUUCAAGAUUAAAGUAUGUAGUUACAUUAUAAAAACUUAUUACAUACGUAUGUAUAUAUGAUAAAGUGA